GAAGAUCAGCUUCACAUUUUCUAAUUCUAUUGCUAGACUGGAAACUUCACAAACUCUGGGUUGUUUGGUAUGUUAAUAAUGUUCAUUAACAGAGAUGUGGGUUUAAAGUUUAUUCCCAGAGAAAAAUAUUGAAUGUAUUAGACUUGCACAGGAAGAUGACUCAGUGCCCAUGAAAAAACGCUGGUUUGCAAUCUCAAGAUCUUUGCAAUAUGAAGGAUGUGUGCGUGCAAACAAGUAAAAAGCCACAUCAUCCAACUAUACCACUAUAAACUUUAACACACACACACACACACACACCACACAAAAUUUCAGCUUAGGGUUUAAAAUACAAUUAGAUUCCUAUUGCAUUUGGAAAAUGAGGUUAACACAUUUUUUAAAGCUAGAUAACUUUUUGCAUUUACAUAAAACAAAGUUCAUUUCACCAAAAUUCGGCUUCAGGAAUUUGGUAAAAACUCACAACUGACAUACAGGUCUGUCACCAUCAAGUCUAGUUGGGUCUUCAGAGGCUUAUGCACAACUGAACUGGUAGUACUCAUGGUGAUUUUAAUUAUUAUUAUGAUGGCUUAAUCUGAAAUGUAAACCAGGCCAUAGUUUAUCAAUAAACCAAAUUAUUUGUUUCAGCUAAAGUCUUGAGUCUGUGGACUUUUAUCACUGGUUAUGCUUUAUUCCCAGGCCUACUGGGUUGCUAAAAUGCAAAUUCAAGCCCAGAUUAGGCCAGCAAGUUAACACCAAGUUUUCCUCCUCUUAAAUAAUUGUUUUGGAAGUCCUAGAGACCGAACACCCCAUUCUUCUCUCUACUUAUGGUAGUUCAAGAGUUAACUUCACUCUUGUUAAAUGAAGCUAAUCUCUGUGUCAGCUCAAAGCUUAAGCAGCUUCGACUGUUUCCACAUUCUGGUGUGUCACACCCUUCUCCAAAGAACGAAACAGCAAGUUUCCUCAAAACUGCUAGUACAUACAGGAUGAGUUCAGUUCACAGAUCUGACGCUCUAAGCAUUUCUUUCCCUAUAAGGAGGAUUAAGCAGCAACGGAGAAGCUAAAAUGCAUAUUUUUAAAAACUGAGUUUUGAUUACUGCUACAAUGACAUCUAUACUCUUAUUAAUAAGUGGACAGCUCUUCAUAUCCUCCUGCUUAUCCCAGAAAGACAGAGAAUGUAACAACAGCAGCCUGGAAUGUCAAGGUAACGUGACAUUCCCCAUCAGGACUUUCCAUGGGGCUCCACAAGGUGCUUAUGAAAAGAUACCUCAUUCUGCCAUGGAAGGCGCAACAAGGACCAAUCACAACCAAGAAAACAACUGUUCUGUGAAGAGGUCCCACGUUUCAGUACUGAAAGUACGCAACACCACGUUGGAGUACCUGACCAGCCCUCUGAGUGUAAAGCUGAUUCCAGCACUAUACAUAGCUGUUGUUUUAAUAGGAGUGCCCGCAAAUGCCUUUGUACUAUGGACACUGUUUUUCAGGCUCAGGUCAGCCCGGAUUGCUAUAUUCUACACUAACUUAGCCAUUUCGGAUUUUCUCUUCUGUAUCAUGCUGCCGUUCAAAAUUUCCUAUCACCUCAGAGGCAACAACUGGAUAUUUGGAGAACCAAUGUGUCGAAUCAUGACUGCCAUCUUCUAUGGCAAUAUGUAUUGUUCCACGCUCCUCCUCACCUGCAUCAGUAUCAGCCGUUAUGUGGCCAUUGUUUAUCCAUUUACUUACAGGAGUCUGCCCAAGCAGCCCUUAGCAACAGUGGCAUGUGGAGCAGUAUGGACAGUUGUUUUCUUAUACAUGCUGCCUCUGAUCAUAGCGAAGCAAAGCUAUAAUCUGGAUCAACUGAAUAUCUUUACCUGCCAUGAUGUCAGCAAUACCUGCGAAACUCCAUCAUCCUUCCAAUACUAUUACUUCAUCUCGCUGGCAGUAUUUGGAUUUGUGAUUCCGUUCUGCAUUGUUAUUUUUUGUUAUGUUUCAAUUAUCCGAACACUCAAAUCUUAUGAUCGGAAGUGGCUGUGGUACAUCAAAAUCAGUCUUCUCAUCCUCAGCAUUUUCGCUGUCUGCUACACACCCAGCAAUGUCAUACUGAUCGUUCAUCAUGUGAAUUACCAUCGCAAUUCUACAGACAAUUUGUAUUUCUUUUACCUUAUUGCUCUAUGCCUAAGCAGCCUGAACAGUUGCCUCGAUCCGUUCCUUUACUUCAUGAUGUCCAAAACCAAAGAUAACACCAGCGUUUCUCUCACCAUGGUUAAAAUACCCCGGGAUGAAAAGACGUGACACACUUCUGCUGUGAUACUUGAUGAAGUUGUAUAUACAUCAUUUGUUCAUAAAUUUACUAUUUAAGAUAUCUAUUUUUAUAAUGGCAAAACUGAAUAAAUUCAAACUAUUUUAGGGUUGCAAGGUUUAACAGAGGGCCUUUUCGGUAGUGGCACCCGCCCUGUGGAACGCCCUCCCAUCAGAUGUCAAAAUGAUAAACAAC